AAAAUCACUCAGCCUCUCACCGUCUCACGGUCACGCUGUCACUCUGCAUCUCUCUCCCAGUCUCUCGUCUCCGGCUGUCUCUUCUCUCGUCUCUCUCUCGCUGCCGUCCUCGCCUCGCCGUCUCUCACCGAUUUGGUGGAUCUCGACGGUAAGGUCCACCAGCUCCCCUGCUCCAUCAAGUACGACGGCCCUUCCUCUGUUUCCCACUAUUUCAAACCCAAACCCACUGGGAUUGAGGUGGAGGGUUUAGAGGUGCAGGAAGCCUAUUUCAGAGGAAGGAAGUUGCAGGGAACGGUCAUUCCAAUUCCACCGGGGUAUUCUGUUCUCGAGCCCGAGCUCGAGCAGGGUUCCAAUCCUGUCAAGCCGAGCUCCAUUUUCAGGCUCGUGCCAAGCUCGAGCCUGAGCCUGAGCCUAAUCAGUCAGAUGUUUAUUCCACCAUCCUGGAAAAGUCUACAAUAUGGAAGUUCUUCUUUUGGGGAGGGGGAGGGGGAGGGGGAGGCUUUACAAAUUUUUGUAGCACUUAGACCAAUAAUUGGCAAACCACAUAAGCCACACUCUCCAUUAGGCUUCAAGUGGAAGAAGCCAAGCUAA